CUUUCCUUCCAAGAAAACCAGAAAAAGGAAGAUUGAAAGAUUGAAAGAGAGAUGGGGAAGAGAAAAUUUCCAAUGGCAAAAAUCGAAAAGAAAUCCUCUCUUCUCGUUUCUUUCUCGAAAAGAAGACAGGGUCUUUUCAAGAAAGCUUUUGACCUAUGCUCUCUCACAGGCUCCCACAUUGCCAUUCUCGCUUUCUCUCCAGCCGGUAAUCCCUUCACCUUCGGUCAUCCAUCCUUCGAUUCCGUCAUCGAUCGGUACGUCGAACAAUGCAGCGGCAGCAACGGCCACUUUCCCUCUCCUUCUUCCUCAUCGGCACUUGGAUCAUCUCAUUCUAUUGCCUAUCUCGACGGUUUAAAUCAACGUCUUUUCGACAUCCAGAGGCAGCUCGAUGAAAAUGUGGAGAAGAAUCGUCGACUGAAGGAAGGAAACCCUAAAUGGGGAUGGUGGGAUUUGGAUGUCGAGGAUCUAGAUGUGGGCCAACUGGAGACGUUUCUAUCAGAAUUGCAAAAAUUCAGGGAAGUUGUGGCAUCACGCGUUGUGGAGACUGUUUCUAAGGAGGUUUUGGAGAAGAAGAAAGUUGCACGUGACAUGAAGGCUUCUGAGGGUUUAGAGGAGGAGGAGGUAGGGUUUUCGAAUAUGGUUUCACGUGACAUGAAGGCUUCUGAAGGUUUGGAGAAAGAGGAGGUAGGGUUUUCGAAUAUGGUUUCACGUGACAUGAAGGCUUCUGAGGGUUUGGAGGAGGAGGAGGAGGUAUGGUUUUGGGAUAUGGUUUCACGUGACAUGAAGGCUUCUUCGAGCAAGAAGGAUUUAGAAGAAGAGGUUGGGUUUUGGGGUAAGCAGUGUUUGAAGGAGGAGGCUGGGUUUUGGGAUAAACAGGGUCUGGAAGAGAAGGCUGGGUUUGGGAGUUCCAAGAACAGCAUUUGGAUUGGAGAUGAAGAAUUUUUAUUCUAAAAGGGUGUCAAGAAAGUAGCAAGAGGAGGAUGGGCACAGGAUAGCUUAUGUUUCCAAUCUCUAAAUUGAAAGAAGCCUGUCCAAGGUAUGGAUGACAAUCUCAUUCUAUUUGGUCCGAGCUAGGGUAAUUCAUGUAGAGACAUGCAGGACUGGAUAAUGUGAAUGAGUUCCACAACAUUCAUCAGGUACACUACCUUAUGCUCACCUUGAAAAUAAAAAAAUUAUGUUG